AUGGCCGAGUCCAAUCACCUUGUCCUGCGAAAUGGCAGAAUCUAUCAACACCCUGAGGAUAACUUCAGUGGAAGCGGGCCUUCAUUCGCGAGUGCGAUGAUCGUCAAGGACGGCAUCAUCCAGUAUGUCGGUUCAGAUACGGACGAGCAGGUGGUGACCGCCGCCACUGCGGGGGCCCAGGUCAAGGACCUCGACAACCAGCAUGUCCUCCCCGGGUUCAUCGAUGGCCACCUGCAUCUACUGCUCCUUGGGCAGUCCCUGACCAAGGUCGCCCUGGACGGCUGCAAGGACCUAGAGGAGAUCCGCUCGAGGGUGAAGAAGGCCGCCGAGGAGAAUCCGCACGCAACACGUAUCUUUGGCAAGGGCUGGAUGGUCUCCAUGACGCCAGAGGGUGUUGAUGCCAGCGUCCUUGACGAUCUGGACCCCAGGCCCAUCUUCAUUGACAGCAAGGACUUGCACUCGACGUGGUGCAACAGUGCCGGGCUGGCUGAGGUUUGCAAGGUCAUGGGCAUCGCGCCGGACGGCUCGUCCCCGGAUCCUCCUGGUGGGACGAUCCAGCGCGAUGCGGAUGGCAAGCCUAACGGUGUAUUCAACGAGAGUGGAGUGUUUGAAAUCAUCUGGCCGUUCGUGGCCAAGGUUGCGUCCAUGGAGGAGAAGAAGGCUUCUAUCCGGGCUGCCAUCACGGCCUACAGUUCCGUCGGAUACACUGGCAUGAUCGACAUGGCCAUGGACGACACCAUCUGGGAGCCUCUUAUUGAGUUGCGAAACCAAGAGGGCCUCGGGGCCAUGCGAGUCGCUGCUUAUUGGCUGAUGAAGCCCAUCAAGAAGGGUGAAACGGUGGAGGCCGCGCUGGCCCAGGUCGAUCGCGCAGCUGACAUGGCAAAGAAGUACAGCGACCCUGAUUGCAGAAUUGUCGGUAUCAAGGUCAUAUGUGAUGGAAUCAUCGAUACCUGCACCGCCUCGCUGACAGAGCCCUAUUCAACCGGCAUCAACUCCGACAUGUUCUGGGACGAGGAUGUCCUCAACGCCGUUGUUGCGAGGGCACAUGCCGCCGGCCUCCAGGUCGCCCUCCACGCCAUCGGCGACCGCACCGUGAACACAACCAUCAACGCAAUCGAGAAGAACACGGACAAGUCCCGCCGGCCACGCAUUGAGCACAUCGAGAUCUCGUCGGCCGAGGACGCCAAGCGCCUGGGCAAGAUUGGCAUCACGGCCUCCAUCCAGCCCGUACACUCCGACCCGGCCAUCCUCCGAGCCUGGCCCCGACUGAUUGGCGAGACCCGAUGCAAGCGCGCCUUCGCCUACCGCGAGUUCGUCGACAAUGGCGCGACCUUGGCACUUGGCUCCGACUCUCCCACGGCGCCUCACAUCCCCCUCCCGAAUCUCUACGUUGCUACGACCAGGCGAUCAUACCGCGAGCCCGAGCUCGAGACAACAGUGAACCCUGAAUUUGCACUCACAGUGUGCCAGUCGAUUGCAGGAGCCACCCACGGCUCUGCCUACUCGUGCUUUGCGGAUGCUUGGACAGGAAGCUUGAAGCCGGGACUGAAGGCGGAUUUCGUAGUGGCCCAGGUGGAAUUGACGCCCGAGAAGCUAAUCAGGGGUGUCGUCAAGGAGACUUGGUUUGAGGGAAAGAAGGCGUACUCAUCCAGUGGUUAG